AUGAACUCAACUUUUCUGGAAAAGGAAGAUUUGCAAUACUGCUUUGAAAACGUAAAUGAAUCUUGCUAUAAGACACCAUUAACUUCUGGACUCCGAGUAACCUUGUAUAUUCUGCUUGGUUUAUUAACGAUUCUUACUGUAUGUGGAAACCUAAUGGUAAUUGUUUCAAUUGCUUAUUUCAAACAGCUUCACUCACCUACAAAUUUUUUGAUUGCCUCCUUGGCGUGUACUGACUUUGGUUUGGGUCUGACCGUGUUACCCUUCACCACUGUAAGAUCUGUUGAAACAUGUUGGUAUUUUGGGGAAACAUUCUGUAGAUUUCACUGUUGUUUGGACCUAUCAUUCUGUCAAGCAUCAAUAUUUCACUUGUGUUUCAUUUCUGUUGAUCGAUAUGUUGCUGUCAACUACCCUUUAAUUUAUCCAGUUAAGUUCACAGUGCCUGUUUCAGGCAUGUUCAUAGCUGCUGCCUGGACAUUUUCUUUAAUAUUCAGUUUUUCUUUAGUUUACAUUGGGGCUAAUGACAAAGAGAUAGAAGAAAAAUCAGUAACUGCUCUCUCCUGUGUAGGGAGCUGUCAGCUUGUCUUCAACAAAACAUGCGUAGUUAUAUCCUCUCUACUGUUGAUAAUACCUUUCUUUAUUAUGAUAGCACUUUACAGCAAGAUAUUUGCUGUGGUUAAACAACAAGCUAGAAUGAUAGAGAUUAUGAACAACACCACCCAGUCAUCUGAUAAUUAUAGCGAAAGAGUUGCCAAAAGAGAGAGAAAAGCUGCUAAAACCCUAGGCAUAGCUGUGAUAGCUUUUUUGGUAUUCUGGUCACCUUAUUUUAUAACUGUAGUAAUUGAUGGUUUCCUCAACUUCAUAACUCCAGCCCUUGUCUAUGACAUUACAGUUUGGGUUGCUUAUUCCAACUCUGCCAUUAAUCCUUUGAUUUACACUUUCUUUUAUCCCUGGUUUAGAAAAGCAAUGAAAGUCAUUGCGAGUUGUAAAAUCCUUCACUUUGAUUACUCAACAAUGAAUUUAUUUUCUGAAUAA